CGCUCUGCCAUGCUCCGCCCUCUCGCUCCUCGCGGCCUCCCACUUCCGUUUCCGGUGCGGGCAGCGCGCUAGCGCAGCGGUGGGAGGCGGCGGCGAGCCGACUUGGCCUCACCACGAUGUGGCACGAGGCGCGGAAACAUGAGCGCAAGCUCCGAGGCAUGAUGGUGGACUACAAGAAGAGGGCCGAGCGGCGGCGCGAGUACUAUGAGAAGAUUAAAAAGGACCCAGCCCAGUUCCUGCAGGUCCACGGCCGAGCCUGCAAGGUGCACCUAGACUCUGCCGUCGCCCUGGCCGCCGAGAGCCCUGUGAACAUGAUGCCCUGGCAGGGGGAUACCAACAACAUGAUCGACCGCUUUGACGUGCGUGCCCACCUGGACCACAUCCCUGACUACACCCCCCCACUGCUCACCACCAUAUCCCCAUCUCCUAACAGCUCCCCAGAGCAGGAGUCUGAUGAGCGCAAGUGUAACUACGAGCGGUACCGCGGCCUGGUGCAGAACGACUUUGCUGGAAUCUCGGAGGAACAGUGCCUGUACCAGAUCUACAUUGAUGAGCUGUACGGAGGUCUCCAGAGACCCAGCGAAGACGAGAAGAAGAAGCUGGCGGAGAAGAAGGCUUCCAUUGGCUACACCUAUGAGGACAGCACAGUUGCCGAGGUGGAGAAGGUGGCAGACAAGCCAGAGGAGGAGGAGUCACCGGCAGAGGACGAGAGCAACUCGGACGAAGAUGAGGUCAUCCCCGACAUCGAUGUGGAGGUAGACGUGGACGAGCUAAACCAGGAGCAGGUGGCAGAUCUCAACAAGCAGGCUACGACCUACGGCAUGGCCGACGGUGACUUUGUCAGGAUGCUCCGGAAGGACAAGGAAGAGGCCGAAGCCAUCAAGCAUGCCAAGGCCCUGGAGGAGGAGAAGGCCAUGUACUCUGGUCGUCGCUCCAGGCGCCAGCGGAGGGAAUUCCGGGAGAAGCGGCUGAGGGGUCGCAAGAUCAGCCCACCCAGCUAUGCCCGCAGAGACAGCCCCACUUACGACCCCUAUAAGCGGUCACCCUCCGAGUCCAGCUCGGAGUCUCGCUCCCGCUCGCGCUCACCGACACCGGGCCGAGAGGAGAAGAUCACCUUCAUCACCAGUUUUGGGGGCAGCGAUGAGGAGGCCGCUGCAGCUGCUGCAGCCGCAGCUGCAUCAGGGGCCACCACAGGGAAGCCCCCCACGGCCCCCCAGCCCGGCGGCCCCGUUCCGGGACGUAAUGCCAGCGCCCGCCGCCGCUCCUCCUCCUCCUCUUCCUCCUCCUCCUCCUCCGCCUCGAGGACCUCCAGCUCCCGCUCCAGCUCCCGUUCCAGCUCCCGCUCCCAUCGUGGUGGGGGCUACUACCGCUCGGGCCGCCAUGCCCGCUCCCGGUCCCGCUCCUGGUCACGUUCACGCUCCCGUUCCCGGCGCUACUCUCGCUCCCGUAGCCGUGGCCGGCGGCACUCAGGCGGGGGCUCCCGGGAUGGGCACCGCUAUUCCCGAUCGCCUGCCCGGCGCAGUGGGGGAUAUGGGCCCCGACGAAGAAGCAGGAGCCGCUCGCGCUCGGGAGACCGUUACCGGCGGGGUGGCCGGGGGCUCCGGCACCACAGUAGCAGCCGCAGCCACAGCCGCAGCAGCUGGUCCCUCAGCCCGUCCCGCAGCCGCAGCCCCACCCGCAGCCACAGUGCCAGCCGUAGCCCCUCUCGCAGCCGCAGCCCCAGUCAGAGCCACUCGCCAUCGCCGCCCAGAGAGAAGCUGAGCAGGCCAGCAGCGUCCCCUGCUGUGGGCGAGAAGCUGAAAAAGACCGAACCUGCCGCUGGUAAAGAGACAGGAGCUGCCAAACCCAAGCUGACGCCGCAGGAGAAGCUGAAGCUGAGGAUGCAGAAGGCGCUCAACAGGCAGUUCAAGGCGGAUAAGAAAGCAGCCCAGGAGAAGAUGAUCCAGCAGGAACACGAGCGCCAGGAGCGGGAGGACGAGCUUCGUGCCAUGGCCCGCAAGAUCCGAAUGAAGGAGCGGGAGCGGCGGGAGAAGGAGCGAGAAGAGUGGGAGCGCCAGUAUAGCCGACAGAGCCGCUCGCCCUCCCCCCGAUACAGUCGAGAAUACAGCUCUUCCCGGAGGCGCUCGAGGUCGCGGUCCAGGAGCCCCCACUACAGACACUAGCAGGAAUAGGGUGGGGGGGGAGGGGGCAGGGCUGGAGUCCUGAUGCUGCUGGUUUGAACUAGUGAAUAAAUCAGUCGUUAUUUAA